AUGACAGAAACAUUGACGCUAGAAAAAAUUAUUGCCUUCUUAAAAGUAGAUCUGACGUUUGCAUGUUGUUGGCCACUUCCAAUGAAGGCCACAAAAUUUCAAAAAAUUCGUGACAAGAUAUUUCGACUUUUAUGUUGCUUAAAUGGCAUCAUAAUGUCAAUAUCAUUAAUAUAUACAUUAAGCAAAAAGUAUGAUAAUAUGAUUCUUGCGAUGAAAGUGAGCUGUGAACUGAGCGCUUCUUGGCAAAUUCCAAUACAAAUUACAUUAUUCACACUUCAAAGUGACCGUUUGCAAAUCAUAAUAUACGAAAUGAAAGAUUAUAUUCAACAAGCAAAAUCAGAAGAGAGAAACAUAUUUCAGCGAUAUAUCAACAAAUGCAAAUUAUUUUACGGUACGACAAUGUGUUUAAUGACCGCGACAGCUAUAAUAAUGUGGUUCGGACCAUUAUUGUUGGCUCAAUCUUUUCCAAUCGAAGUUGAGUAUCCAUUCGAUGUGAAUAAACAACCACUAAGAACUAUUAUUUACUUGCAUCAUAUAAUGGCUGUAUACCAAAGUCGUACGCAAGUAUGUAGCAACAUCUUCAUAGCUCUUCUACUUUGGUUCACAGUAGCAAGAUUCGAGAUACUAUCCCAUAAAUUUCAGAAAAGUACAAGCAUCUCAGAAUUCAUAAUCUGUAUACAACUGCAUCAACGACUAUUACGGUAA